UUAAAUGACAGUUCGGUGAAUUGUUUUCUAACCUCAUUUAAUCCAUAGUUCCAAAUUUAAAUCAUGUAAACCAUUUAUAUGAAAAAUUGCGAAAAUGAUGGCAAAAUCUGAAAUUGAAUUGAAAAAUUUCUUCAUUUUUAGUUCCUCCUAUGAAUCUAAAGAAGGAGAGGAAUACAACAAAGUGCUAUAUUACUAUCCACCCACCGAUGACAUAAACACGCAAGUUAAUAACGUAGGUCUAGUAGAGGCCAUAAUUAAAUUUACAGGGAAUUUCAAACCGAGCGGGCCUUUGAACUCUCUUCAUACGCUGAAGAAACGACAGCUGUACUUCGAGCCAGAGCCAAAUUACUGGAUGGUGAUUACGAUUAAUCUUCCCUUCAUCAACAAAGGUAGUAACGAAUCUACGGUAGUCGAGUACAUUGAAGAGGACGUGCAUGAUACAAUUUAUAAAGCAGUUUUGAAGCAGGCGUAUGCUAUGUAUCGUUUGUUUUCGGGCACGUACACAAGCACCGAGCGGGAAUAUUCCAUAACCGCUCUUCGGAACAAGUUCGAGCAUUUCUACACAGCCUAUCUGAAAACCUUAAAUCUAAGCAACUGCGAUAUAUUAAACGUAUUUUCGGGCAUACACUUCCUACCGUUAGAUAAGCAGAACUUUCUCAACGUGCAGUGCUUUAUCAACGCUUUAGAAUGCAACUAUCCCAUUAUUGAGUAUGUGUCGUUUUUGUUUAACGACAGCCUAAUUUGGAGCGGUAUCGAGCCGGACGACACCCAAAUCAUUUACCAAUACUUAAUCAGCACUUUACUUCCGGCGAACAUCGAGACCGAACUCCAAGGCGGUUCGAUACCCAGAAACCCUUCCUCUCCUUUCGCCUCCCUACACUACGGCCGUUUCAUAACGGGUCCUACGAACUUGAAGACGGCGCACACGAUCGGCAAAGUGCCGAAGAUCUUCUUAAACAACGAGGCGAACCCCUCCGUUUACUAUUUCAUAGUGUACAGGGCGCUUAACGCCACAAUUUGCCUCUUUGUUAACGGUGGCGUCGAUUUAACAGUCGAGCUCUUCAAGGAGCUGGACGCGUUUAUGGGCCAGCGCUUGUCGUCGAUCGCGUCCGAUAUCGGCGAGUACUGCACGAGGAGCAUAAUUCCGCCGAGUAGUUCCGAUACGUCGCCCCGUUUCAUCUACUUUAACAAGCUCAAUUUGGCGUACAAGAGCACGAUCCACUUGGACAAUCGGCAGAGCGGCAACGUCUCGUGCGGUAAGGAGUUGGUGCAAAUCAUGGCCGAUAUGAACAGCAGGAAGGAGUCGCUGUCGUUUGCCGGGGAGACGAUCGUGAAGACUAUGAACGAUUACUGGGUCGUCGGGAAGGUGUCGAAUUUGCGCGAGUUUUACGUCGCCUUGCAGCAUAAGAACGCCAGCUUGAUCGAUAUUAGUGGGUUGUUAGGCAAGAUAGUUGGCAAUAGCUUGAUUAUUUGGGAAAUUUAUGAUAUGAUGGAUGUCAUAGAUUGUGUAAAUAGUAUCCGACCACAAAAUUGUAUUAAUGUCGCGCAAGAUGAAGUGAAGAAAAUUUGUGACACGGAAUUGAAAGGAAUUUUUUUUCAUCCAAUGUAAUAAACGAAUACUAUUGUGAUCUGAAUUUUUUUCCA